AUGAGUCCUCCGGACAAACGCGGAGGAGCCGGUGCCUCAAAGGGCCCAACUCACGUCUUUCGCGGCGGCAGUCCCCGCAAAGAAAUGCCUGCAUCCUCGUCCUCCUCGGCCUCGUCCGCAGCGCGCAGCAGCAAUGUCAUUGCAGCUCCACCUCGAGCCCAACUCAGCUCCUCGCCGAGUCCCGAAAGCCAAUCCCGCACGCCAAGCGGCAGCGGCCCUCCGUUCGGCGGCAGCAGCAACGGCACAGCCACACCCAUGUCCCGGCGCAGUAGCAACGCUCCAAGCACGCGAUCACUCGCGGUCUCGGCGCUGUCCUCGACAGAAGCUGGAAUGAAGGAGAAAGACGCGCGGAUAUCCACCCUGGAGCGUGAGCUGGAGCUCAUGGAGACCGAGUUCCAGCGGGAGCUCGACAAGCUCUCCCGCAACGAGAGCGAGACUGCUUCGUUCUGGCAGGCCAAGCAUAGCGCACUGAACCAGCAGUUCCUGCGGACUGACACUGAGCUACGCCUGCUCCGGGACGAAAUGCGCGCGCGCGAGGCGGAGACCGAAGACCUCACCAGGGGCUGGAGGGACGCGCUGAGGGCAGAGCUGAAGGGCCGGGAAGACGAGAUAAGGGGUCUCCAGGCUCAGAUCAGGGGCUUGAAGGAGUGGGUUAGCACUAGCACGAGGGCUGAUGGCACGACGAGUGACGAGGUAUUCGGUUCUGGGAUGGCGAACCUGGGAAACAGCCUACAAAAUUGGGUCAUUACGUAUUUCCGGAAGGUCAAGAUCGACUUGUUCAAUGCAGGCGAGACGGCACUACAAGAGCUCGCUGAACUUGUGCCGAUGUAUGAGGAGCUGGCGCGCACCGCGAAGAUCCAACUUCUGCAGUCUAUCGUGUCCAGGGUCUUGGUGGAAAGGGUAUUCCGGGCUUAUUUCGUUGGUUUGUCACCUGACCAGGAACAGCAGCUAAGGCAGACGGAGAGACUAAUGACAUCUUUCGUCCUAAGGAAGGAGGCGGUACACAAAAUGCAGGUACAGACGGUGCAAACAGCUGACGAUGUCGUCGCCCACAUAAACAGGGUUGUAGACUCCCUCACAUCGUACAGCGCUGCCAACGCUGACAGCAGCAACGCAUCAGCAAACUCGUUCGCAGAUGCAAGACAUCAAGCAUUACGACAGCUGGUAGGCAACGCUAUCGAGCUGUCACGCCUUCUCGUCGUGCAGAAAGCCGUCUUCGAGGUAUGGAUGCCCGAGAUAGUGCCACAUCAGCAGAUCAUGUUUGACCAUGCUACGAUGGAGGACAUCGGAGGCGAGGACGAGGAGUCACUCAUCCAGAGAGAGAUUUUCUGUGUCACCUUCCCUGGCCUCAUCAAACAAGGCGACGAGAAUGGCGGGCAGCUACAGUUUAGAAACAUUAUAUCGAAAGCCAAGGUGCUCUGUAGCCCGGAAUAG